GUUGAGCUUUUGCUCUCUUUGAACUUUGCUCCUCUUUUGAGAGUUCUCUUCAUGGCUUUUAGCAAUAUGAUCUUGCCCCCAAUUAGGCAUGCAACUAUAUUCCCCGGUUUUGGGAUAGGUAUGAAAGAAAGGCUUAGGUUUUCUUUUUAGGCUCAACUUGAUUGACAAAAAGGAUGACUCUUUUGGGUAAAGUGUUUGGCAAUUAGGCUCAUGAAAGAUGGCUUCGAUCCUUGAGCUUUUCACUUUAGACCUCAAAAUGAUGACAAUCAUUCCACUUAAAUUGGAAAACUAAUUAGCAUGAUAGCAAAUAUUUCAGAGAAUAUAAAAGAGCUUGUUAUUCCCUCCUUUCAUGUAGCCACAAGUUGAGCUACUAGAAAGCUGACUCGUCCCACUCAUGGAUGAAUGAAGCAAAGAAAAGCUUGACUGUCCAAUUGGUCAAAGUGUCCCCAAGGCAGAAGUAAUGGUCAGGUCAAAUAGGGGUUCAUCCUUAAGAGCAAUAAUACUCAAAUUUCCCCAUGUCCUAGAUUUGCCCCCUCAUUCAUUGAAUCUAGAUCCACAUGUCUCGUGUGUAAGUCCACUUCAACAUCAUAUUUUGGUGAGCUUAUAAGAGUAUGUUGAAGGUUGCCUUCUAGAUAGUGCUUCAACAAUUGCUAUAUGGAUUCACACAUUGUCGAUUUCCAAUCCUUAAGGAGCCUUGGAUGAAGCAAAAUAUCUUUGAACGCAUUGAGAUUUCCAUCGCACUCAAAGGGCUGUAGACACUUACAAGCAAUUCAACAUGCAUUACAAUGAUGGCCAUUUAUUACAAAGCAAAAGCCUAGUACAUCACACUAAGUACAUCAACAUGGUAGCAUUCAAGUCCCUAGUAAAAUCUGACUCCUAGAUCUUUCAAAAUACAAUUGUCUAAUGAGAAGUUGCAUUCCUUUCCUUGACGAAUCCCUUGAGUGUUGGAGCAACAUGAAGUGUGAUGUGCUUGAGCUUUUGAUCUUCGAGGUUGCUCUUGGUUUUUGUCCUUCUAAUCUUACCCAUAGACUUGGCAAUUGUGAAUGAUAGGAGAGAAAUGCUUGCAAUUGGAGAUCUCCUCAAUCCUUUGUUGGUCAAAGCUUUCUCCACGGAUGAAUAUUUCAAAAGGUGUCUUGAUUGACAAAGAAUCGCGCUUGACCAUGUAUGAACCCAUAUUUCAAUUAUUGAAGGCAGAGAAUCAAGCAAGAUUAUGGGAAUGCAAGAAAAGAAAUAAACAUGGAUGCUAAACAACAGAUGAAGGAUGAAAGAACAUGAAUAUGCUCUAAAGUGGUAAUGUGUGUGGAGUUGUAUCCUAAAGCAUGCAUUUUUGGGAAUGCAAGAAAAGAAAUAAACAUGGAUGGGAAAUGAGUGAUAAAGGAUGCAAGAAUAUAAAUAUGCUGACAAGUGGUAAUGUGUGUGAAAUUGUAUCCUAAAACAUGAAUUUUCUUCAAGUAUGCAAAUUUCAAAGGAGCAGCUGGUGAUUCACUUUUGCAAACACUAAAUUGGCAUUCAUGGGAAAUAUCAUUUGAAAAGAAAGCAAAUGCCAUGAAGCUUGAAGAAAAAGUGAAUGGUGUGAUGCUUGGAGAAAAUGAUGAUGUGAUGCUCCAAAAUCAUGUGCUCAAAUUAUUUUGAUGUCUAAAAGAUGGACUUUUCAUGAAUUUAUCUUGGAAGAACCUCUUUUUUUCUUUUUUCUUUUUCUCUUUUUUUUUUUUAAAUGUGAAAUGCUUUGGAUUUAGUUGAAUAAGGCCCACAAGUUUGAAACAUGCAACAAAAUGCAAGAUAGUGAGAACUUCUUCGAAUGAGAGCUUGUACAUUUUUUUUUUUUUUUUGUAAACAAUGGCAAUUAAAGGUGAAAGGAAGAU